UCUUCAGAGAGACCACAGCAGAGAUACAGCCAUGGCACCUACUGUCACUGUACCCAUGACCUACUCUUCUGAACAUCUAACACUCAACAAUAAGCAGAGAAAGCCUUUGGUGGAGAAACUGCGCAGAGAUCGUAUCAAUAACAGCAUUGAGCAUCUCAAGACUCUACUGGGCCAGGAGUUCCUAAAGCAACAUCCAGACUCCAAGCAGGAGAAAGCUGACAUCCUGGAGAUGACUGUCCACUUCCUGAAACACAAGCAGCAGCAGCAUCCCUCCACCUGCUCAACCACAGCCAGUGAGGGCUACUCCAGGUGUAUGCAGGACGCUGUCAACUUCCUGUCCCAGUGUGAGGUGCAGACACAGUCCCAGAGAAGACUGCUGAGUCACUUCCUACACAAGCUGUCCACAGUGGACAAGAGCACCAGAGUCCAGCUUCAGCCCAGCUCUCCAGUCCGCCACAGCAGCAGCAAACAGAAGACUUCAGGCUGCACUGCACUCUGGAGGCCCUGGUAGAGCCAUGUGGACCCUUAAUGUUGACCAACAGAAUUCCUCUUGUCAGUCUGUGACUGACAUGGACAGUAAUUCUAACGAUGUAGGGACUGUGUCCCUUAUGUUCUACAGUUGUAGAAACAUUAUGACCUGCUUUCAUGUAUGGAAAGUUAGAAAAAAUCUGAGGUUUAUAUGACAAACUAGAGAUUUGAAAUGUCCAACAAGACUUUUAUUUGAAAAGCUUCUUUUGUGGACUAAAUGAUACAUUGUGUAAGUCUUUUAUGGACCACACUUCUACAGACCUGAUGUUAAAGGUCACACUAGUGUGUUGAAGCACUUUAUUUCUAACUUCUAUGAAGCUAAGGAUUUAAACACAAUAUUCGAGAGAGCUUGAAUACGACAAUGUGCACUAUAUUUGAUAGGAUUCAAGAAUAUAACUUCUCAGUUGUUUGAGACAUUUAAGAUAUUGCAUGUGUUUUCAUGUGAUGUAUAUAUGUUAUUUGCUGAAUUAUUGGCAGCAUGUUUUAUUUGAGUUUCAAUGUAUCCUACCCUCUCUAUUUGAGAGUACUGUGUUUCUUUUGGAAACUUUUGCAAGAAGAUAUUUUGUCAAAUUUCUUGAUAUUCAAGAUUGUGGUACUUUAUUAAUUGAAAUCAGAAAAGCUUUAUUGGCU